UGUUGUCAAAUUGUGCGCAUUGAACUGAAAGUGUGAUUUGACAACUGAAAUUUCUUGAAGCUCUUUUUCACCGAAAUACAUCUCGGAAGAGACACGUUGGGAAAGUACUGAUCCAAGAUGCAGAUCUUCGUCAAGACCCUUACGGGCAAGACUAUCACCCUUGAGGUCGAGCCUUCGGACACUAUCGAGAAUGUGAAGGCCAAGAUCCAAGACAAGGAAGGCAUCCCUCCAGAUCAGCAGCGUUUGAUCUUCGCCGGAAAGCAGCUGGAAGAUGGACGCACCUUGUCUGACUACAACAUCCAGAAGGAGUCCACGCUCCAUCUGGUGCUGCGUCUCCGUGGUGGUAUCAUUGAACCAUCGCUACGUAUCUUGGCCCAGAAGUACAACUGCGACAAAAUGAUUUGCCGCAAGUGCUACGCCCGUCUGCACCCAAGAGCCACCAACUGCCGCAAGAAGAAGUGUGGCCACACCAACAACCUGCGCCCAAAGAAGAAGCUGAAGUAAACUACGCGCUUGGCUGUUUCUUGGCGGUGUCUCGCUUCAAUUUGCCGGUUCGAACAUCUGGGAUUCCGUGUUUAGAAUGUAAGAGGGAUAUGUGAACGAGUGAAUUGAAGUUGUCACAUUGAAUUACUAUAAAAUAAAACAAAAAAAAAUUUAAA